UGGCCACGUGCUGCGUUGUUCAAUGGUUGCACUGUUUCGAUUUCAAAACACGACGAAUUGGCCGAUCAUGCGCACAACAUGCUUCACAUGUUUUGCGUAGAAAAAUGUAUCCUUUCUCUGUGGCAGUUCUCAACAGUCGGAUAGGACACUGUGAGCAGGGUAAACGUCGCUUAGAAAUCAUAUUUUCUUACCGUGUAUAAAUAGAGAAAACCACACACAUUAUAUUUCGAUAUCGAUUUUUCAUUGUCGUUUGGUCUCCACGUAAAACGUUCGGUUCGAAAUCUAAAAAAAUAGUGCGAUAAUCGUUUCAUUUUGCUAGAAACCUUCAAGGGAUUAAUUGAUAUUCCGCAGCAGUCGCAUCGUUAAUACCAACCCAGUAUACGGUUGCAUUCGGUAACUUGAUGGCCAUAUAGAGUGUUAUUACUUUCGUCACGGCCAUCAACGUCCCUCACGGCACGACACAGACUGCAAUAUGGUGGGAGGUUUCGUUCAAUGUAAUUCUGAUUAAUCGCUUCUAUCGUUAGUUGGUCUCAGUCGUUCACGAUGUCCACCUCUGCACCAUUGAGUGUCGAGCAGGUGAAUCGUUCCCGUUCGGAGACAGUUCUCUCAUUGGACGGCGGAUGGCCACCAAGGUCACCUCCCCCAUCCCUAUCACCGUUUAUUGGAUGGCCGCGAAGCAAUGGACAUGGUCGGUUCGGAUCCAGACCUGCUGUCCCGGGACUACCGGCCUGGAUGAGUGGUUCAAGUGGUGCCCUGGCACGCGCCGGCAGCCGUGACGAGGUGAAGCUACACAAGAGUCUCGAAGAAAUUUCGAAGGACAUACGCGAGAUUGAAGACUUUAUCAGCGUGACCGAGGACAUCUUAAGGCGUGAACGCGAACAGGAUGAACAGGUGUCACUAAGGGAACGUCAGCGAAAAGCCGCCGAGCGCACUAUGCAGCUCAUUCGGAACAAAUGUAGUCCCACGAAAAAGUGCUUCAAUCGGGUCAUCAAAACGCCGGACGGUCAGAAAAAAGUACUUCGCUCCCCGACCUACAAGGUGAACAUUACGCAGAAACGGCGCAUCAAAUCGUUCAGCCCGAAAGGUGGCUACAAAUCGAAGCUAUACUUUCGCAAUGGAAAAAUUGGCUGCCAGGAGGCAGAAAAUGCCGUUUCCAAUUUGCGCAGUACGCACGAACUUGUCAAACGGAUUAUUAACGAUGAGAGCAACAUGCUGGUGAAGUUGGAACAUCAGCACUACUCGACCGGUGAACACGAUGGGCUUGAUUCCCGAUCCAGCUCAGUGGAUACACCGGUGGAGAGUUUACAGAUGUGCGUGACGGAAUCGGCCGGCACAUCGUUGUGCGAAGAUGAAUCAUCUCCACCACCGGUACCGACAAUGUCCAGUGACGUGCCAAAUACCUCACUGGAGAUCAAUGGUAGCGAAAAACCUCGAUUGGAUGAUAAUUUUCAGCACAUCGAGAAUGCUAAUGGAACGUCCAUAGAACCAAUGGAAGAUAGACGAAAUUCUGCAAGUCCCACGGAGAUGAUGCCAACGAACGGAAACGAUUUUGUUGCCGUCCGAUUGCGGCAUUUGGCUAACCGGUUCUCGGAGCGUACUAGAAAGAUGCGCAGCAAGCUUGAAAUUCCUCCCACACCGUCCAGCAGUGCCAGUGCUCCUUCAACGGCUCCUUCCACACAAAAGCACAACGUAAACCAACGGACGAUACAAAACUCCGCCUUAACGCUUCAAUCAGCAACUGAGACACCAGGCUGUAGCCAUUACCUGUUUUGCCCAAUCUUCUGUUGCGGUGGUCGGAGCGAUAAUGUGCUUGAUCCUCAAGGAAAGUUCUACAUUGCCUGGCUGUUUAUCGUGUCACUUUCGUUCCUGUACAAUGCGUGGGUCAUACCGCUGCGAUCUUCGUUCCCCUAUCAAACACCCGAAAAUACCAAAUAUUGGAUCGCGAUGGACAUAUGUGCAGAUGUCAUCUAUCUACUCGAUAUACUAUUUGUUAAGCAUCGCUUAAUGUACCUCUAUGAAGGAUUCUGGGUGAAGGACAAGAAUCUCACUCGUAAGAAUUACAUGCGUAAGCUACAGUUUAAGAUGGAUCUGUUAGCUUUGGUGCCGUUGGAUUUGUUGUAUCUUCGCUUCGGAACCGAACAUGUGGUUUUUCGUGCACCGCGUCUACUGAAGAUACAAAGUUUUUGGGAGUUUUUUAAGCUAAUCGAUCGUGUUAUUUCCUCACCACAUAUUAUACGUGUGGUGAAGACGCUGACCUACAUGUUGUAUAUGAUACAUCUGACAGCGUGUGCAUAUUAUGCGUACAGUGCCUAUCAAGGACUCGGUUCCAACCGUUGGGUAUUCAACAACAAGGGACACGCAUAUGUACGCUGCUUCGCAUUCGCUACCAAAACGGCCACCUCCAUUGGCAAAAACCCGAAACCAGAGAAGGAGGGUGAACUGAUGUUCAUGACGGCCGCCUGGCUGAUGGGUGUGUUCGUGUUCGCGCUGCUUAUCGGUCAGAUACGAGACAUUAUUGCGACCGCGACACGUUCCAAGUCCGAGUACAAGCAGCUGGUCGAUGAAACAUUGGAAUACAUGCGUCGACUUAACCUGCCGACCGAUCUGCAGCGACGCGUAAAGAUGUGGUUUACCUUCACUUGGGAGCAGCAGAAGUGCUUGGACGAGACGCACAUUAUGGAUGCGUUGCCGGCAAAUCUGAAGACCGAUAUUGCUAUAUCGGUUCACAUACAAACACUCUCCAAAGUGCAGCUGUUUGCUGACUGUGAGGAAGCGCUGUUGCGUGAACUCGUGUUAAAGUUACGCUCGGUCACCUUUUUGCCUGGGGAUUACGUAUGCCGGAAGGGUGAGGUCGGCAAGGAGAUGUACAUCGUGAAGACAGGCCAGGUACAGGUGAUGGGUGGUCCUCGGAACGACGUAGUGCUAGCGACACUCUACGAAGGUUCCGUGUUCGGUGAGAUCAGUCUGCUGGCAAUAAACGGUGCGGAAGGAAACCGUCGAACCGCGGACGUACGAUCGAAAGGAUUCUCUAACCUGUUCGUGCUCUCUAAAUCGGAUCUAAACGAAGCGAUCGUGUACUACCCGAACGCACAGGCCAUCCUGAAGAAGCGUGCCAAGAGUUUGAUGCGUAAGAAUGCUGCUCGUGAAAAGGCCGAAUCGCAGCAGAGCAUCGACACGAAGGAUAGUGAAGCGGAUGUUGUUAUCCGGAACCCGCAGGAUCCAACCUCCCCGAAGCUGCUAAAAACGGUCAUCCAAGCGUUGCCUCAAGAGUCCGCCGCCGUACAGUUGCUGAUGCAAGGUUUUAAAAUGAUCGAUCCAAUGACGGACGAGCCGGAGCAACAAAGUGCCGGAACUGACGAGAAGAGCGGUGAACCAGAUCGUGAAGAAACGGGUUCGAUAUGCAGUAUGGAGAUUAGACAUACGACCGAAGUGCAGAUUGAAAACGAGAAGAAUGUCGAAUUGCCGUGUGAUUUGGUGUACAGCAUCAAGAAAGAACUGAUGGAGAACAAUAGCUACAUCAAUCUAACCGAUGCGGAAAAGUACAAAUUGCUGCACGAGCUUUCAAAGGAUGAAUACGACAGUCAGGAAAAAUCACCAGUUUAAUUCGCCACAUGUGUAGCAAUCAGCAGGACCGGGUUCAAAUCCCAUCCGUCGCAAGGUCUGACUAUCCAGCUACGUGGUAAAAAUAAAUCUAGUAAGCCAGAAAUGGCCGGCGUGACCUGUAAGGUCGUUAAAGCCAAGAAGAGAGAGAGUAGCAAUCAGCAAUGUGACAAUGUUUGUGCACGAUGUGCAAUAACCGUUUUCCUUAUAUUACGACUGCUUUAAAUAUGAUGAUCUUCGUAGACGAGCUGCUAAAGUUGUUUACAGCACUUUAAGUAAUAUUGUGAAUUAAAAUCAUUUUCAUAUUUCUGUUUAAUGACUUUUAUGUCCACUGCUUUUUUACAUUAAAGCUAAAUAAUUUCCAGUGUAUUGAAAAAAAGUGUGAGGAGCGUUAGAGUUCAAGGCAUCUUACAGCCAACGGGUGUCAUAUCUGCCUUUAAUAACAUCACCAAUCACACGGUUAGUGGAAACAUGCUCCACUACGCAAUUCCGUGUCGCUCGCCAGACAGAGGUUGGACGUUUUGCGUAUCGUAAUAUCCAAUGCUAAGCCAUCAUUCGCCCGUGCACGUCGCGUGCAUACUGCAGGAAAAUAAAUUAGCGCCACCUUGUUGUUAUGGGAGUGAGAUGCUUUGGCAAGGUAAGGCUAUGGAAACGUGAUCGACGGAUGGCCAAUAUCAACGAUGGAAUCUAUACAAUUACGAUGCCUUUGGGGGGAAUAUGGUUGGCAUUUAGAAACAUGAUCGCUAGCGGAAGUGAUUCGCGCAUACACAGUUGAUCAUGAUUGAUAAACUUUUUAAAGUCGCUUUUUCACAUUUACCAAAGGUAAACCUGGUAGUGAUAAUUGUUAGAAUUCGUGUUCGAUGUACAUCGUUGUACCACAACUCGCUGUCUAAAUGAUUUAUGAAUAAACUUCAUUACAAAAAGGACAA